AUGAAGCGCUUCCUUAUCGUGUCUUUCGCUGAUGAAAUAAAUAAAAGAACAAAUGCAAAAUUACAGAAAUCAGUAGAGUUUACCGCGGCAAAAUAUGAUAAUAUAUUGAAGAGAUUAGUUCGACUUGAGAAUGCCAAAAAAGAAGAAAGAAGCCAGACACAAAUACUUGAAGAAAAAAUUAAACAGUUAGAAAAGUGGAUUCGUUUUGCGAGUGUUGGAAUUAGAAAUAUACCAAAAAAUCAGAGUGAGACUAAGCAAGAUUUGGCAAAUACUAUUAUAACUAUAGGGAAUUUAAUUAAAAUUUCAAUACAGAAUUCGGAUAUUAAAGAUGUUUUCAGACCCAAUUCAAAAUCAAAAAACAAGCCGAUUAUUGUCAAAUUCAGGUCAGUAUUAGUAAAGGAAAAAUUUAUUAAGGCUACGAAAUACUUCAACAAAGAACACAAGGAUGACAAGUUGAAUAUAGAUCAACUAUCAAUCAAAUGUCCAUGGACACCAGUAUUCAUUUCCUAA